AUGGAUCCCACGACCACAAUUCUCAACUGGCAGAAUGCCUUCGAGAACCAUCGCAUCCCACAAACCCGGGUGAUUGAAAAGCAAUUGCGGGCCAGUGCCGCACAGAAUAAAGAUAAGCUGCGUGCUCUUGUUGGUGACAGCUACCGCGAGCUUUUGGCAACAGCCGAAGCCAUUGUCGUCUUAGACGGACAGACAAGGACUGCAGAGGACAAACUCUUGUCAAUCAGUCACAAUUGUAGACCACCUCAGCAGGAUGCCUCUCCCCGGCCUCCGCCCGCAGACAAAGUGGCGCUGGCUCAGUUUCGCCUCUUGCAACGGUGCUGCAUGUCUGUGGCUUCAUGCCUUCGAAAUCAACAUAUCUUACUGUGUGCGCAGCUUAUGGUUGUCUCGAGGUUGUUGCUGAAAUCACUGGGUGACCAAGACAUACUAACUGGGAGCCUCGAUUCACUACGGAACAAACUUGGUGCAUUUCGGCGACAACUGCUUCUGCGAAUCGAAGCUAAGUUGAUCAGACCUACUUCAACACUGUCUGAUCUUCUCGAGUCCAUUUGCGCUUACUGCCUAGUCACCAGCAGCUCUUCUGAGGAUGCCUUAGGUCAUCUGCGUCAGCUGAGGCUUGAGAAGAUCCGACGUCAAUUGGCGGCCUCUCGCCAGAAGUCCACCUUUUGUCAAGCCUUGCGAUACCAAAUAUUAUCCUUGCAGACCUUCAAGUCUUUGACAGGACGGCCCAUAGUCGAUUCUAUCAGUAAUCUGCAGAAGAGACCGAUCUUGGAGGAUCCGUCCAUCAGAGACCUGGAGUCUCUAGGCCUUGACCAGAUCAUCUCAUUGAUUCCGCAGGAGAUACGGUCAUUUGUUCCCUACUUCAAGAGAAGUGCACCCACAUUCGAGGAAACCCAGGCUAAGCUGGAGACAUGGUCCCGAGAAAGCUUAAAGACAUUCUCUGAUGCGUUGCACCAAUAUCUCCCGGCGACGGACUCGAUAGCAGAGGUACUGCAGUUGCGGCACGAGCUGUAUACUAUUCUUCUUCCUUUCUACUUUUCGACUCCCGCGGGGCCAGACAUCAAGGAUCAGAUUGCGCAAGCUCUGAACAGCAGAGUGAACGACAUUUGUCACGAUAGAUGUGCUCACCUGGUUCAUAUCACAACGCUGCUCCUCGAAAAUCCGGCUGGCACAACCACAAAGUCAUUAUGGGAUCCAGAGCUCGCACUAUUGAAUCUAGAGGCUGGGGGAGCUAAGCUCACUACACGCAUCCGAAAGCGACACGACGGCCAUAAUGUGGCAUUAUCUAGGGCUUCAAAGUCGUUGAAUGCGUGGAUCACAACCACAAACAGUACGUUUGAUCAAUUAAAUGAGAUUUCAAGGAUGAGAUGGAGAGAUGUUGUUGAAGAGCCAGAGGAGGAGGAUGAAGACGAAGCCUCUGGUUUGAUCAAAGAUCUGUGCGAAACGGAUUCAAGUCUAUACCGCGACAGUCUGCAAAAUGCGUUACAGACGGCGUUGCUCGAAUACGAAGCAAAAAUCACCCAGCGAGCAACCCAAGUGGUAGAUGAGCCAGAGUCUGUCUCCCAAAUUGUGGCAUUGCUACGCGCCAUCAGAUUUUCGAUGAUGUCCUUACAGCAUACUUUUCCCGAGCAAGCCAGAUUCGAGAAGCUCCCUAAGAUUGUCCGGCAGCUGCAUCAGCUCGUGGCGAAAGAGGUCAGCCUCCAAUUAUCUGCGUCAAGAGAACGCAGGAAGAAGACCAAGAGAUGGAACAAGGACAUGUUGCUUGACAAUAUGCCUUCACCCUGUGCAUUCUCAACUCUACGACAACUUUGUGGGAUAAUGCUGGAUAUUGGUGGCACCGAUUUAUGGUCUCUUCCAGUGGUUGGACUGGUCAAGGAAGCUGUUAGAUCUCAUAUCUUCAGUCCUGAGCGCAAGGCCUGGUACAUGGAGAACGAGUUCGACGAACUGUAUCUCAGUAUUGCACUGGGACGAGACACAUCGGCUAUGGCCAGGGAUGAAGCGAAUAUAAAGUCUGCGUCUGAGUACUGGACAAGGACGAAGUUGUUGUUCGGAGUGCUUGCCUAG